AUGUCUAACAACAGGGACGGAGCCUCUUUUUUUGCUACCACAUCCCCUCCAUAUUCAAAUGCUUUAUACGAAGACUAUGGCUUGACGCACAAACAAUGGUGCGACUAUAAAUACCCUGAAGAGCCCUUGAAUGUUAUAAAUGCGCAACUGGAGGCAGUUACUCGGGAAUUAAGACCAGCUCGCAUCAAUGCUCCUCGUUCAUCUCAUUUUUUUCAUCCAGGCCGGACCAAUCUUUCUCAGAGCGCUCCUGAUCAUCUCUCUCCUCCACCACGUCCAUCAACUCCUCUUGGUCAAGCCAACUAUGAUGAUAGUGAUGACAGUGGUGAUUCCAUAGAUCUCGGCAGCUCAAGGCCAGUGUCGGCGCAAAUACAAGCUCCAGUUCCAGCUCCUUCCAGAAUUCGUUUGUCCACUGCAGCCAAGCGUCCAGCCGAAGACGCCGCUCUUAUCGGCACUGGUAUCGAAGAGAAACCAGACCCUAUCCGCGCUGACACCAUGGCAAGCUUAACCAAAGAAGUAAGAACAGCGACCCUUCCUCGUGGCGUCCCACACCGCAAACAACUUGACCUUCUGAGGGACAUGCCUCUUCGCAGACAGCUCUCUCUACGAAAACCACAUAGAGAUUUCUACCGUUCGCGACCCGACUACUGGGAUGCAACAGCCGGAUACUUAGUAGGUGAAGUAGUCCCUGAGCCUUGCAGCUACUGUAAAGCCGGUAGUGGGCUGUUCGCAGAGUGUGUUGUGGUUCCACCUCAAUCUGGUAGUGAUAGACAACCAUUGGGAGGAGUUUGUAUGAGUUGUGCUUAUCAAAGCUCGGGGGGAAAGUGUUCGUUCCAUCCAAAUCACAGUCAAUGGAAAGAGAGAACGGACAGGGAGCGCAAAGAGCGAGAAGCAAACGCGUAA